GCUAAAUGUCAUGCAUUUUUCAUGGCCCCUCCAGGUUUUGUCAGAGUCCUCUUGUUUGACCUUCUAGGAAGGCUGUGGGACCCAGCUUUCUUCAACCAAUCCAGGUGGAGGCCUCUGCCUUGAACGUUUCCAAGUGAGGUAAAACCCGCAGGCCCAGAGGCCCCUCUACUUCCUGUGUGGGGCUCAGAAACCCUCCUCCCCUCCCAGCCUCAGGUGCCUGCUUCAGAAAAUGAAGUAGUAAGUUUGCUGGCCUCCGCCAUCUUAGUAAAGUAACCGUCCCAUGAAAGAAAGAUGCAGUCGGGCACUCGCUGGAGAGUUCUGGGCCUCUGCCUCUUAUCAAUUGGCGUUUGGGGGCAAGACGGUAGUGAAGAAAUAGGUAGUAUUACACAGACACCAUAUAAAGUCUCCAUCUCUGGAACCACAGUAAUACUGACAUGCUCUCAGCAUCUUGGAUCUGAAAUACAAUGGCAACACAAUGGUAAAAACAAAGAUUCUGGGGAUCAGCUGUUUCUGCCGGAAUUUUCAGAAAUGGAGCAAAGUGGUUAUUAUGUCUGCUACCCCAGAGGAAGCAAUCCAGAGGACGCGAGCCAUCAUCUCUACCUGAAGGCAAGAGUGUGUGAGAACUGCAUGGAGAUGGAUGUGAUGGCGGUGGCCACAAUUGUCAUAGUGGACAUCUGCAUCACUCUGGGCUUGCUGCUGCUGGUUUACUACUGGAGCAAGAAUAGAAAGGCCAAGUCCAAGCCUGUGACACGAGGAGCAGGUGCUGGUGGCAGGCAAAGGGGACAAAACAAGGAGAGGCCACCACCUGUUCCCAACCCAGACUAUGAGCCCAUCCGGAAAGGCCAGCAGGAUCUGUAUUCUGGCCUGAAUCAGAGACGCAUCUGACCCUCUGGAGAACACUGCCUCCCUCUGGCCCAGGUCUGUCUCCUCUCCAGUCCCCCUGCGACUCCCUGUUUCCUGGGCUAGUCUUGGACCCCACGAGAGCAUCGUUCCUCGGCCUCAUGGCGAACUCACGCCCUCCAGCCUGAUCCCCAGCUCCCUCCUUCCUGCCUUCUCUGCUGGUACCCAGUCCUAAGACAUUGCUGCUGCUUCUUCCUUUGAAGCAUUAUCAGUAGUCACAUCCUCACAGCUGGCCUGCCCUCUUGCCAGGAUAUUUAUUUCUGCUAUUCAUUCCCUUCCCCUUGGAUGUAACUUCUCCAUUCAGUUCCCUUUUCUUCUUGCAUGUAAGUUGUCCCCCAUCCCAAAGUAUUCCAUCUACUUUUCUAUCUCCAUCCCCUUUUGCAACCCUCUCUGGGGAUGGACUGGGUAAAUGUUGACAGAGGCCCUGCCCCGUUCACAGAUCCUGGCUCUGAGCCAGCCCUGUGCUCCUCCCUCUCCCCAACACUCCCCACCAACCCCGCAACCCCCUAGCCCUCCACACCCGCACCCCCCCACUCACACCCCCACACUCCCCCCUCACCCCCCCCAUCUCCACUGUAGGCCACUGGAUGGUCAUUUGCAUCUCCCUAAAUGUGCUCGGCUCCUCUCAGCUGAGAGAGAAAAAAUAAAUUGUGUUUGGCUGAAAGA